GAAACCCAGAAAUAGGAGAGCAACUGCAACGACCAGUCCAAGGAUUGAAGGUAAAUCCCGGAGGAGCAGCUGCAGCUUCUUGGGCAUCUCUUGAGAGCGCGAGCUGGGGUCAAAACAACACAACAACAAGUAGUAGGAGGGCGUGUGCGCGCUUUCCCUUGGUGGGGAGAGGAGGACAGGAAAAUUGCGCAUCUUCAAUUGUGCAAUCGUGUGAAGUUGGCAAGCCGUCGCCUCUCCCCGCGGAGCCCCGCAGCGGAAUUGCCACGCGAGCCAACUCACGUUUACUCGGAAGAACAUGAAGUCUCCUAAUAAAGAUUUCAGCAGGAAGAGCUAGUGGAUUAAGUGUUGGCUACAGAAAUCUCCUUUGGAUUUAUCAAGCUGUCUUUUUAGUGCCUCUGCCUUGCGCUGUCUGAAACUUGAUAAUUGCGAGAUAUGUCCAUUGCACUCAAGCAAGUUUUUAAUAAGGACAAGACUUUUCGUCCCAAACGGAAAUUUGAACCAGGGACUCAGCGUUUUGAACUCCACAAACGAGCACAGGCCUCGCUUAACUCUGGGGUGGACCUGAAAGCGGCUGUGCAGCUGCCCAGUGGAGAAGAUCUCAACGAUUGGGUGGCUGUUCAUGUGGUUGACUUUUUCAACAGAAUCAACCUGAUCUAUGGAACUAUUUGUGAGUUCUGCACAGAUAGGACCUGCCCCAUGAUGUCGGGUGGCCCAAAAUAUGAAUACCGGUGGCAGGAUGACCUGAAGUAUAAGAAACCGACAGCACUGCCUGCACCACAGUAUAUGAAUCUUUUGAUGGACUGGAUUGAGGUUCAAAUCAACAAUGAGGACAUAUUCCCUACUAGUGUAGGAGUGCCGUUCCCAAAGAACUUCCUCCAGAUCUGCAAGAAGAUUUUGUGCAGGCUCUUCAGAGUGUUUGUUCACGUCUAUAUUCAUCACUUCGACCGCAUCAUCAUUAUGGGGGCCGAGGCGCACGUCAAUACCUGUUACAAGCACUUUUAUUAUUUCGUGACGGAGCUCAACCUCAUAGACCGCAAGGAACUAGAGCCUUUGAAAGAGAUGACAGCCAGGAUGUGUCACUGAAGAGUCACCACAGAAUGAAAUUUUUAAAUAAUGCAAUUUCCAACUAACUGAAGAGCUGGAGGGCUCAGCAGCCCUCAGGAGCAACACAUGCCUUUUAAUCCUUAAAAAGCAGGAAAAGUCAGGACCAGACGAUGAUUUAUUUCACAGACGCUUCCCACCGUUCUGUAUUCUCUUAACUCUACAAAUGCUGCUAGGCACCUCUUUGGAGUGAAGUGGAUUUCUCAGAAAGAAAAGAAGAAGCCGUUCUCUUCCCAUACUCCCUGAACAAUCAAGGAGGAGCUCACCAGACCGCAGAUUGGUUUCCAUUCACCUUCCUGCUCUUGAAGCCGCAUCGCAAUUUGGCUUUCCAGCUGUACUUGCAAAACAGACUUUAUUGUUCCAAGGAAAUGUUGUGAAACUGUGGUCCUACUUGUGUUGGUGCAUAGGUCCAGCCGUGUUAAGAGCUAUGCAGAAUUACUGGUUGCCCUUUCUGUAUCUUCAAUUUAGCUAAGAAAAUAAGUCAGCCGGGCAUUUACUUAAGAGAAGACCCCCAAGGCCCAGCAUACUCUGUGACCAGAAAAUGAGAUUAGUGGUUUGGGCCAAAAUUCGAGAUAACUACAGAUGAGCAGGAAAGAAGCUGGCAGAAUGGAUAAGUCCUUGCCCCAAUUAAAAAUGGCCUACAUGUUCAAUCUGUUGAUUGAUUACAAUCAGAUCUUUCAGAGCACCUCUGGCUGGCUGUUUGCUUCUUGUCUGCUUGCACUAUGGUUAUCCAGGUAGGUUUAAGACUUAACUGAAAUCUUGGAAUCAGCCGCUGCGAUCCUGGAACAAAAAAACCUUUGGCGCUUCCUCUAUAUGUUUCCUUGGCAGCAAGUUCUGGCUUGGCUGGCUUAUCCAAAGUGAUGCAACGCUGAAUCCUUUUUUAUAAACGCAUUUCAUAUAAAAGGUGAUUUUUCAUAUUGUGCAUCUUGAGCACCAUUGGGAUUUGCUGCUCAAAAAACGCUGUAGAGAAUGCCCUGUUGUGUGGGGCUGUGGUUACAAUAUGUUUCAGAGGAGAGAGCAUGCAUGUCCACAGUACAGUGUGAGGGUGCAGGAUGAAGGACUAAGUGGGGGACAAUAUGUGUUUGGGGGUAUGAAGAUGGAGGGAUAUGGAGGGACAGAUCUUGUGGAAUGCAAUGAAUACACACAGUGCUAUCCUAUGAAGAAUUGCUCCAGUCUAAGUCCAUUGAUUUAAAGAGGCUGCUGCAACCUUGCAUAGAAUUGCUACCCGAUACAUAGGGGUUAUUGAAGCUACAGCAGCAUGCAUAGUGUUUCCGGAGGGCUCAGUCAUGCGCACAGAUAAGCCGUAUUCAUCAAGAUUAAGUGAUAACCACUAACUUCUGCACUGAGAAACUAGAUUCCAUGUUGCAGUCGUACCUAUGCAGAUUUCUAGACUUUUGGUAUACUACUCAAGGUUUGUUGAAAAAUGCUCCAAAGUACCACUGUGCCUCAACUGUUUUUUUUUUUUAACUAAAACAUUUGGUCAUUUCAUUUAGCAGAAAGUUGGUGACCUGAUUGCAAUAUUCAUUAUAAUGGUGUAAAUUUAGAGCUUUCAUUGAGGAAAGUAAAAAAAGAAAAAACUAGCAAGGCCUGAAGGCAGCAUGAAUUGAGAAAUGACCGAUCCACCCCACCCCAGGCUCAUUCAUAAUCCAUGCACUUUGUAUGUGCAAGAGAUCUGUAGGCAAUAAAUUGCACACGUGGAUGACUGGAACGGUUUUGUCCAUGGCAUUUUCCUUCAAAUUGCUUUUCCUCAUUACUAGUUGUCUCUUAAUUUGAAAAAAAAGCUAUUACUUGUGAAAUAUUGCAAAAAUGGUGAUGAAGAUGAAUAUCAUAGUAGAACUAUCCCAUUCUUUGGGGUCUGAUAAACACUAUCCCACCUAUGCUUGGUAAAUAAGUUGAACUGGCAGUCAAUCUGCUCCGAUCAAAUUAAAAUUGUGAUGUCAGCAAACAGCCAAUGAACACCUGUGGCUAAGCUUGUUAACCAGUAUUGAGUAAGUCCCUUUUAAGACACACUACAGAAAAUAGACUAGAAGGACUACCAGAUCAUAUUUUCUGAACCUUCUGUAGCAUUUUAUCCCAGAUUUUUCCUCCUGUAAUUAAUUAGAGAUUUAAUUUCAAGCUCUAUUUCAUGCUGCUCCAUCCUAACUCACUUUCUCCCCCUGAGCUCUUCAAGGAUUGGCAUUAGAACACAAAUCCGAAGGAAAAACAAUUAUAAAUACUGUUGCAGAUGAAAGAGAACGCUUGUAUUAAUUUUAUAGCGUAAUAUAAAUUGAAACAUUUUGGAGAAA